AUGAUCGGAAUUUGUGGAAUUGGUGGGAUUGGUAAAUCAACAAUUGCAAGAGCUGUGUAUAACUCAAUUGCUGAUCAGUUUGAUAGUUUAUGUUUUCUUUCUAAAGUUAGAGAAAUCUCUAACAAGCAUGGCUUGUCACAUCUUCAAGAGACAUCACUUCAUAAAUUAGUCGAGGAGAAGGAAAUCUCAUUGGAUGAUGAUUUUCAUGAAGGAAUUUCAAUAAUAGAACAUAGGCUUCAAAGCAAGAAGAUUCUUUUACUCCUUGAUGAUGUCAACAAAUUGGAGCAGUUAAAAGCACUAGCUGGAAGAUGUGACUGGUUCGGCUCAGGAAGUAGAAUCAUCAUUAUGACAAGAAAUAAACAGCUCUUAAAAAGUCAUGGGGUUACAAGAAUUUAUACUGUCAAGAAAUUAGCCUUGGAAGUAAUUGGCUCUAAUUUAUGUGAUAAAGAUGUUGAUAAAUGGAGUUCUGCAUUAGAGGAGUACGAAAGAAUACCUAAUAAAGACGUCUUUGAAGUCCUUAAAUUAAGCUAUGAUGCUUUGGAAGAAGAACAUAAGGAAAUUCUUCUUGACUUGGCUUGUUUCUUCAACGGAGAGAAAUUAGGAGAUGUCAAAAAUAUGUUGAAACUUGGGAGUUUAACUCACAUAAAUUUUAGCAAGUGCAAAUUCCUAAGUCAAAUACCAAACUUGUCAGGAGCUUUGAAUUUAAAAGAAUUGCGGCUUGAUGAUUGUACAAGUUUAAUUGAAAUUGAUGACUCAGUUGAAUCCUUAGACAAUCUUAAAGAAUUGAGCGCCAUGUGA